AUGGCCCGGCUGCUCCGGGCCUCGUGGCUCCUCUCCCUGCUCCUGGCUGGCUUCGUCCCGCCGAGUCGGGGACAGGAGAAAUCGAAGACGGACUGCCAUGGUGGCAUAAGCAGCACCAUAUACGAGUAUGGAGCCCUCACCAUCGAUGGGGAGGAGUACAUCCCCUUCAAGCAGUACGCCGGCAAAUACAUCCUCUUUGUCAACGUGGCCAGCUACUGAGGCUUGACAAGCCAGUACGUUGAACUGAAUGCACUACAAGAAGAGCUUGAACCAUUUGGCCUGGUCAUUUUGGGCUUCCCCAGCAACCAAUUUGGCCAACAAGAACCAGGAGAGAACUCAGAGAUCCUGCCCACCCUCAAGUAUGUCCGCCCAGGUGGAGGCUUUGUCCCCAACUUCCAGCUCUUUGAGAAAGGCGAUGUGAAUGGGGAGAAUGAGCAGAAGUUUUACACCUUCCUCAAGAACUCCUGCCCACCCACCUCAGAGCUCAUGGGCUCUCCUGGCCGCCUCUUCUGGCAACCUAUGAAGGUCCAUGACAUCCGCUGGAACUUUGAGAAGUUCCUGGUGGGGCCGGAUGGCCUGCCCGUCAUGCGAUGGUACCACCGCACCACAGUCAACACGGUCAAGAUGGACAUCCUGAACUACAUGAGGCGUCAGGCAGCCUUGAGGAACAAGGGGAAGUAA